AUGGUAAAGAUGGUUGAUCUGCUCAGUGAUGAUCCAUACAGUCCUUCCAGGAGAAUACCAGCCAACACAACAUAUAAUGAGAAUAUCAUAUCAUUGACACAAAGUCAAGUCGUUCCAUUCCCCUUCAUACCAGAUCCUUCCACUUCAGGGAAGGAUACACCAACCUUUAUUCGAAAGAAUGGUAGACGAUACAGUUUGACACCAAUAUUCCAAUCUGCACCCACUUCGGAUGCUGAUCAAUUAACAAUCAAUUGUUUGGAGGUGAUCAAGGAUGACCCUCUCACAUUGGAGGACAAUGUAUCUCAACAAGUACCAGAGGAUGGAGAUGUCUCCACCUCCGCCCCCGCCACCACCAACAACAACAACUUCCUCCAAGUACCCAAUCCCUCCCUGGAUCAAUCAAAGGACAUGCCAUCAAUUAGAUCAGCCAGCAACACCCUUCAAGUUCCAAAGGGUGUGUCAAUGGCUUCAUCACAGUAUAAGGACCUGAGAAAGUCAACCAACUAUGUGGACCUCCAGAAUGCCUUCUCCUUGUGUGAUUCGCACAGGGAAGAGAUUGACAAGUUGCACUCUGACGAGAACUUUGAGCAUAAGUUCACAGACUCUGAUCCGACCCAAGAGUCCCAAGGGCCACCAGCAUCGCCACAGCCGGGGCAGGCAACAGAGAAAGAGAAGCUGAAAGAAUCCAAUGUAUUGUUUGGGCUCAAUGCCUCACCAUCAGUCGAUUCACCUACAAUGGACUUCUCAUCGCCAACGUGGACACACUCACCAGUUCCCCAUAUUUCCUCGCCAAUGAUGGGUGCUUGGGCAACUGAUGAUGAGCAAUCGCCAGUCAUCGAGGGUGAGCGCAGGGUCGUCGCCGAGAUGCUCGAGUCCAACCUCAACAGUCCGACCAUGUGCCGUGUGGAGAAGAUCCAGAAGAAGGAGAGGAGACACUUGUUCAAUCUGAGGAAGAAGAACAAGCUGAGGAAGCAACAGCACGAGGAAGAGGAGAGAUUAGAGCGAGAGCACGAGGCCACUCACGAGGAUACAUUGUCUGAAGAAGGACGACAUACAAUGAAGGUUAUAUCAGCCUUAUUGAACAAACUAUUCGAUAAGAAGAAGUAUAGCACAUUGACCAUAUUCAUGGGUCUGUCAUUGUUGAACAGUUACUACAAAGAACUUGUACUUAGGAGUUGGGAGCCAAUGUCCAAUCACUUGCUGUUGGAGGAAGCCUUGAGAUACCAGAAGUUCUGUACGGCUUCUUAUGGCAGGAAGUUGUACUUUGGACUGAUGUCCAAGAGUACGUUGGGCAAGCUAAGAGGCGUACUUGGAACUGAUAAUGCCAAUCUCAAGGUGAUCAGAAAGCACACUGGUAUCAAGAAGGAGGACAUCAUUGUAUCCAAAUGGUUCAGCUCAAAGUACAGUCCAGGCCACUUCAUUGCCAUCGAUCACCAGACCAAGUCGGUGGUCCUAUCGAUCCGUGGCACAUUCAAUCAUCUCGAUGUCAUCACUGACCUUGUUGCCAAGUCGUCCUUCUAUAAGGGUCCAAAGAAGAACUGGCAUCCAGGCUACAUUCAUCUGGGCAUACUACUGUGUGCCCACAAGAAGCUGAAGGAGACGGAGGAGCUCCUUGUCAAGGCCAUCCACUGUCAUCCUGGCUACAGACUGAUCGUCACUGGUCACAGCUUGGGCGCUGGCGUCGCCUCACUAUUCACAUUCUUGUUCUAUGACAAGCACCCCCUAAUACCCCUACAUUGCUACUCGUUCGGCCCGCCCUGCAUUCUCUCCUACGAGCUGGCCACUCACGAGGUCGUUCAGUCGCUUGUGAGCUCCUUUGCCAUGAAUGAUGACCUCGUGCCACGUCUCUCAUUCAACUCCUUAUACUACCUGCGCGAGGUCCUAGACAACAUCCUUUCUCAGAGUAAGACCAAGAUGCAGCGUGGCUUCCAGAUCGUGUCGGCGGGUGGUGGUCUGGGCGAGCGUCUGACCAAGAAGAUCAGCAAGGUGCUCAAGGUGUCCCCGACCAUCGACCUGUCGCACGUCGAGCAUCAUGACAGUGGCGAGGUGCACAUGUUCCCACCUGGCAAGAUGAUGCGCAUUGUCAAGAUUAAGAAGGGAGUGUACGUGGCCGAGAAGGUCAGGAACCAAUCCUUUGACAAGAUCAUCGUCUCAUCCACAAUGUUCACCGAUCACAUGCCUCAAAAGUACGAGAAGGGAUUGGAGUCGGCCAUUAGCAACAUUGGCAAUGUUGAGCUGAUCACUCCGCCGCCCGACAGGCAGCCAGAUGAUGUUGUUCCUGGCAGCAACAACUUUGAGGGCAUACCGACGUUCAGAGUCAGCGUUGAAAGCAUGGGCAGUCUAAGCAGCUUCUCCAGUGGAGGUGGCUCCGGCAGCAACAGCAACAGCAACAGCACUACCAAUAGCAAUAGCAAUAGUUCUGAUGAAGGUCAUUCCGAUGUAGAUGUAACCACUCCCAUGGCAUCACUUGUUCCAACCUCACUCAGAGCGUCAUCCAGUGUAGUCAACACCCAACUUCCAAACGAAUAG